AUGGCCACUGCUGUUGACGUCAAGCCUCGGACGAAUGCGAUGAACGACAUCACAUCCUCCGGUGCCGUUAAUGGUGUUGGUCAGUCGCGUCUCGAGCGCACGAAGCAUCGGAGCGGUCGAGACGCGUCGCUGACAAUUCGCCCACUUUAUGAUACCACUCACAGCGCUCGAGAACCUCUUUGAUGAUGAGCCUUCCAAGCCCAAACUUCCGUGAGUACCUGAAUCUACGUGUGUGAACGGGCAAAUCCAACUGACCCUCAGCCUCCAUCGCGCAGUUCGUCGACCGCGACGCUCGAGACGAUGAGCGACCUGUCAAAUCCUUACGUCAUGCUCACCUACUAUCGACGCGUGUUGCCCUUCAAGCAAAUGUUCUUAUGGCUCAAUCAAGCCCAUGGUACGUCGUACUCACUUCUUAAAGCGUACAGCACCUGACAAGAUGUUGUGGAACCCUUCCCGACGCAGUCCCGACGAAGCAAUUCACCCAUCGCGAAUUUGCACUCACGCUUUCCAACGAAGUCUACCUACGUUACCAGUCGUACGCCAACACGGAUGAGAUGAAGAAAGAGAUCGUCAGGUUAAACCCGGCGCGUUUCGAGAUUGGACCCACUUACUCCGGACGAGUGAGUCUUCGGAUUCGCUCCUUGCUCCACCUCGGGGCGGGGGGCCGACAGCUCACCUUCCAUGCCAUGCAUCAUCACUCGAUUAGCCAAAGGACCGUAAAACGUUGAUGAAGCACGCGUUCCGACCGACAUCACGAGAACUCGUUUUCGAUAUCGAUAUGACGGAUUGUGAGUCGGUACAGAAUCUUCGCCUCGGGUAAGGACGUAUGCUGAGCGCGGCCAUUUCACUCUCGUGCAGACGACAACGUUCGAACGUGCUGCAAGGACAAGGCGAUGUGCAAGAGGUGCUGGAGGUUCAUCGCCAUGGCCGUCAAAGUCCUCGACAAGACAUUGAGAAGUGCGUCGUCAUUGUCCGACAAAUCCCGACCAUCGUGCUCAUUUGUUCCGACCCACAGCGGACUUUGGCUUCCAACAUCUUUUAUGGGUUUACUCGGGUCGUCGUGGUAUCCAUUGCUGGAUCUCGGACGCUGCCGCCGUCAACAUGAACGAUGAGCAACGACGGGCAAUUGUCAAUUACCUCGAGGUGAUCAAGGGCAAAAAGUUGGAGCUCCGACGACCGCUUCACCCUAGCAUGCAGUGCGUUGGACGGACUAUAUCUCCGGGAAAUGGAACCUUAUAUUGACCAGAUCCUAGCCCUGAAUUGUGCUAUGCACAGACGCUCCCUCGACCUCCUCAAACCUUACUUUGCGAACGUUGUCCUGCAAGACCAAAACUGUUUCGCCCAACCGGAACAAUGGGAAGCCGCUCUAGCCACCUUACCCGACAAGGAUCACGCCUCCAAACUAUCACAGCGUUUCCCCGCGGAGAGCGAGAACGUGAAUGCGAAAACGUCGACUGAACGUUGGGGCGCGUUGAGGAUAGCGCCACCUUCGAAAACGCACAUUGCCGAGGCAAAGUACCUCGAUGCGGUGGAAGACUUGAUCCUGCAGUACACGUACCCGAGGAUCGAUACGGAGGUGUCGAAGAAGUUGAACCAUUUGCUCAAGGCGCCGUUUUGUGUGCAUCCUGGCACGGGUCAGUUCUGAAACAGUGUUUCGGGCGCAGCUUUUAUGUUUCUGCGUUACUGACCCCGUGUUGAUCGUCGCUCGUUUUCAGGCCGCGUCUGUAUCCCGUUGCUCGCCGAACAAGUCGAUGCCUUCGACCCCGAAGCGGUCCCCACCGUCGGUCAAUUGCUGAUGGAACUCGAACACGUCACCGUCGCGGGUGACGAUUCGGCCAGUUGGGAUAAGACGAGUCUACGCCCUUAUGUCGAGUUGUUCGAACGACAUAUCGAUGGCAUCAUUAAGGCGAAGAACAAGACGAGGAAGGAGGAACAGGGCGUGUCUAUGGAGUUUUAG